UGGAAGGUAGCAAAUGAAUUUCGUCUUUUCAAUUGUUGACUGAAAAUCAGAAGGGGGUGGAAGAGACCAAUAAAAAUAUAAUGUUCAGGAGAAAACGAAAGGAAAUUGCAACCACAAAGCUUUACCCAAUCUACACAGUGACUGAUGGUCAGAAGUUCUUUACUAAGGAAUAUGAACAAAGAUACAUGAACGAGAAGGUAGAGCUUGAGCUCGUGGAGUUUAAAUAAAGAAAUACAAACAAAAUUUGCUCAGAGCAAGAUCAACAAGGAAUAUGUCUUCAAAAGAACUUUAGAAGAAGAGAAAUUAGAUGAAAAAGAAGAAAAAGAAGGGCAACCUAAGAGAGAUAAAGCUAAGAAGACAAAGAGUUAUGACUUGAGACUUCAACAGCCCAUCUACACCUUUACUGAAAAAGUUUUGAUUAAAUAACAUGACUAAGUAUGAAAAAGCAAUCAACGGUAAACAACAAGAUAAUGCACUGCUUGAUGAAUCGUAUACAUAUGACCUUCCUCAGCCAGAGCCAAUGCUUUCACAGGAUACUUAUGAGUGCAUGAAAUAUAUUGAAGACCAAGAUAACACUCAAGACUUGAGAAGUAGAAGUUCAAAAAAGAGAGUGUGCCAUAACAGUCCUGUCAGACGGGAAGAUGUCAGCAGUGGAGCCAUAGAAAACCUAGACAAACCAAUCCUUGUGAACAACAAGAAAGGAGUCAAAGCUAAUAAGAGAAAAAGGCAACGCCGUCCAGAAACUAAUAAAAUAUAAUGAAUUUCAACUUUACUGCUGGUGACACCAACGACAACAAGUCGAACACAAGCUCGAGCUCGCUAAUUGACAACAUUGUAGUCGAAUCUUACAACAUCAACGAUAAAAUUCCUAAUAGCAACACUAACAAAGUGGCACUGUAUCAGGGAGACCAGACCAACCAGAUUAUGAAGGGCUUUACCAUGUUCGAUAACUACCAGAGCGCUAUCCGAAAGACCCAAGCCUACGACCAAUCAUUCCGAGGUAAUAGCGAAAUCAUCUAUGAUGAUUCUUCAAAAUAAUUUGGCCAACUACAGAGUCUCCUCUCAAACCAAGAAAGCUGUUACUAGUGCUAAGAAAUCGGGGAAGGUUGUCAAGAAAGGAGCCUAUCAGAAAUCAGUUGAGAAGAACUACUUUCCUAACUCAGGCCAUGUUUCUCCUCUAAGGGCCUUUACAAUGACGAAAAUGAAUGACAAGAAAAAGCCCAGGCGUGGUCAUGCCAAAUCCAAAGACAACAAGAGGAAUUUAAAUCUCAGCGGCACUUUUGACAGCGCAAACAAGUCAGACAGAGUAGCCGUCUACAUCGACACAGGAGGCAGCAAUAUGCUAUAAAAGUGAACAGCAAGC